AUGAGAGGCCGCCUUGGGAAGUUUGCUGUUCUUCUCGUUCAAUUCUUCCUGUUCUUAAUUCAGAAGCUUCUCGGAAAUGACAAAGUUGAGAUAUUUGGAGUUCGAGUGAACAAGGAACCAGCAGAAGUUAUCAGAAAUACUGAAGUUUUCUUCACUGUUUUUGGGACAAAUCUUCCUUCAGACAGCUACUUUCUAUCAACAACUGAUCGAUGUGAAGAUUCGGACAGUAGUGAUAUUCUUGACAAAGUGAUUAUUCGUUUGAGGACUGACGCAGUUUUCAAAAAUGCUGUUCGUCUCCAUGCAACCCAGGGAGUGCCAUUCUCGGACAAGCAUCCGGCUUUUCAACUGUGCAAUAAGGGUUCUGCUACUCUAAAUAAAGCUCUGCUGCAAGUAACUGCUCCGCGGAGCGAUAGCAUCGCCACUACUUGGAUAAUCUUGCUCGUCUGUGCUAUCACACUUAUUAUUUCUGCAUACUGCUCUGGGGCAAAUUUUGCCUACAUGAGAAUGAGUAUCAAUGAUAUGGCACUCAUUAUGGACAACGGUGACGAGCCACACAAAACUCACGCCCGAAAAAUUUUUAAGUAUAGAAAACAAUCUAACUGGCUCAUUUGCACAAUGGCCGUGACGAAUAUUCUCGUAAACACAAUUUUUACCAUCGCAGUUAGUUGGCUACUAGAAGAGCACAAGUAUGGCUCCGUCCUCAAAUAUAUUGUGCCGACGAUUAUGAUUGUGCUUCUGGCAGAAAUUUUACCACAGUCAGUAUGCAACCGCUCCGGACUAAAACUUGCUGCGAAAACAAGGCACAUAACGCUAAUUCUGUUCGUCGUUUGUGCUCCUGUGGCUUGGCCGCUGAGCAAAAUCAUUGACUGGGUUUUAGGCAGAGAGGUGCGCGAAAUUUUUUCGGAAGAAAAGCUUAAAACUCUUAUUAAAGUUCAGUCUAAAAAAAUGGAAGUAGCAGCACAAGGAGAUAUCCUAGCGAGGAUUGCAGACUUCCCCAAAAAGACCGUACAAGAGAUGAUGACGCCUAUGGAGGACGCGUUUGUGCUUAGCGACUGUAAUAAGCUAGACCUAAAGCUCCUGGUGGCUAUAUUGGAGAAAGGAUACACAAGAAUUCCGGUAUAUGCCGACAAGAAAAAAUCAAAUAUUAGCGCAGUUCUGAAUGUAAAGGAUCUUGCCACAAUGACAAUUGAUCAGAACUGGACAGUGAGAGACGUCAUUAGCCGGGUUGAUCCUGUUCGUUCACAGAUGCGCUUCGUUUUGGCAUCGCAGAAAGGCGAGUCAGUUAUGCAGGAGAUGAUGAAAGGUGAGCACCACCUCUGUGGAGUGAUUCGUUUCGCCUACACGAGGUAUAAAGUGAUUGGAAUCAUCACAUUCGAAGACGUUAUCGAAGAGGUCUUCGGAGACAUAGAAGAUGAUUCUGACAAAAUGUGGAAUAGUCGCCGAGCUGGAAUACACAAGGAUCAGCAAACAUUGGAAUGGUUUCGCCAGACGGAGACCGAAAGAGGCAAUGGCCUCAAUGUUAACGCUAUGUUGAAGCUGAUUCAGACCAUUUUCGCUGCCUGCCCACAGUUUGCAACUCUUGGAUAUGACAUACUUCGAAUGAAAGAGCUGCUGAAUAUUCAGAAGCUUAGGUUUUCUGAGGAAAAUGAGGUCGUCCAGUCUAAUGAACGAAGGGUGCUAAUAUUUUUCAGUGGAUCCAUAUCGGUCCACACCAGAAAGAAGACGAUAUACCGACUUGAUCCAAGUCGUGCCGAUUUUCGGCCAUAUAUUUUUGGGACAUGGCUAGUCAGGAGAUUGCUAAAGGAACGUCUCUAUUCCCUAUCCUGUCUCGGAGAACCUUUAGAACGCAGAACGAGGCCGAAUUCUGCAGAAGUACUAUGUUUUACACGCGUAGGAUAUUAUGAAGUCUCCUUACCAGAUAUCUUGAAUGGUCUUCGUGAUGGAGAUACUGUAGGAUAUGAUUACACCAAGCAGAUCAAAACGGCGCGGGCUGAAGGCAACGAAGAUUAUCUGACACAUGGUGGAAAACCCAGAAGACAACAUACUGAUGCAGAAAGCACGCAAGUAUCAUUUUCGACACACACCACUCCUAAUCUCAGCGAAGAACGGGAUCAUGAUCCUCUAUACUCCUUUGUCCCUCAAAAGAAUUUCGAGGAAACUCACAAAUGCCACAAACACGUCAUGCCUAGCGUUCUUCGCGCUAACUUGGAAAACCUCCAGGCCGGUGGUGUCACAAGCCCUCAUGCUUCAGAGCGCACAAUAGAUCCACCUGCUCUGCCGAAAUCUGCUGGAAGAGAACUAGCUCAACAUCCAGGAACACCACCGAAGGAAGAACGUCAUGGCUUACCUGUAAAACAAACCAAAGAAAAAAAAGCUGCUAAGUUGAAAAGUUCACCAACUGGCGAAAAGAAAAACAAAAGUCAUGGAAAUGAAGAAAAGAAGAGCCACACAGGAGAAAAAGCCGCGAAGUUCACUAAGCGAACUCCCAAAACCAUCAUCGACUGGGAGCUCUUCCCUUCGCUUGUCGGAUUUUGGGAAGAUACCGUCAUGGACAACAUCGACGACGAAUACGAACUGCUUGUAGAAUAA